GGCGCGGCGUGCUUCUCCGACGGCUCUGGGCUCCCAGGCGCCUGCGGGGAAGUGACCGGGCGGCCGGCGCGCCGUUGACGAGGCGGCGGCGCGUCUCUCCAGGUCGCGGCGGCGGGCUCCCGGGCCUGCGGCGGCACGAGGAGGAGAUGGCGGAGUCCUCAGACAAGCUCUACCGGGCCGAGUACGCCAAGAGCGGGCGCGCUUCGUGUAAGAAAUGCAGCGAGAGCAUCCCCAAGGACUCGCUGCGGAUGGCCAUCAUGGUGCAGUCACCCAUGUUUGAUGGAAAAGUCCCACACUGGUACCACUUCUCCUGCUUCUGGAAGGUUGGCCACUCUAUCCGGCAUCCUGAUGUUGAGGUAGAUGGGUUCUCUGAGCUUCGGUGGGAUGACCAGCAGAAAAUCAAGAAGACGGCGGAGGCUGGAGGAGUAACAGGCAAAGGCCAAGAUGGAGUUGGUGGCAAAGCAGAGAAGACGCUGGGCGACUUCGCAGCAGAAUAUGCCAAGUCCAACAGAAGCACGUGCAAGGGCUGCAUGGAGAAGAUCGAAAAGGGCCAGGUGCGCCUGUCUAAGAAAAUGUUGGAUCCAGAGAAGCCGCAGUUAGGCAUGAUUGACCGUUGGUACCACCCAGACUGCUUUGUGAAGAACAGGGAGGAGCUGGGCUUCCGGCCUGAGUACAGCGCAAAUCAGCUCAAGGGCUUCAGCCUCCUCACUCCUGAGGACAAGGAAACCUUGAAGAAGCAGCUUCCGGGAGUCAAGAGCGAAGGAAAAAGAAAAGGUGACGAGGUCGAUGGGAUAGGUGAAGUGGCAAAGAAGAAAUCUAAAAAAGAAAAGGACAAGGAUAGCAAGCUAGAAAAGGCCCUCAAGGCCCAGAAUGACCUGAUCUGGAACAUCAAAGAUGAGCUGAAGAAAGUGUGUUCAACGAAUGACCUGAAAGAGCUCCUCAUCUUCAACAAGCAGCAAGUGCCCUCCGGGGAGUCUGCGAUUUUGGACCGAGUGGCUGAUGGCAUGGUGUUUGGUGCCCUCCUCCCCUGCGAGGAGUGCUCAGGCCAGCUUGUCUUCAAGAGUGAUGCUUAUUAUUGUACCGGGGAUGUCACUGCCUGGACCAAAUGUAUGGUAAAGACACAGACACCCAACCGGAAGGAAUGGGUGACCCCAAAGGAAUUCCGAGAAAUCUCUUACCUCAAGAAAUUAAAGAUCAAAAAGCAGGAUCGAAUAUUCCCCCCAGAGACCAGUGUUCCAUUGGCAGCGGUGCCCCCACCCUCCACAGUCUCAGCACCCACUGCUGUGAACUCCUCUGCUCCUCCAGAUAAGCCCUUAGCCAACAUGAAGAUCCUGACUCUUGGGAAACUCUCCCAGAACAAGGAUGAAGUGAAAGCCACUAUCGAGAAACUCGGGGGGAAGUUGACAGGGACGGCCAACAAGGCUUCCCUGUGCAUCAGUACGAAAAAGGAAGUAGAAAAGAUGAAUAAGAAGAUGGAGGAGGUGAAGGAAGCCAACAUUCGUGUUGUGUCUGAGGAUUUCCUCCAGGAUGUCACCGCCUCCACCAAGAGCCUUCAGGAGUUGCUCUCAGCCCACAUCUUAGCCCCCUGGGGUGCUGAGGUGAAGGCUGAACCUGUUGAAGUAAUGGCCCCAAAAGGGAAGUCAGGGGGUGCACUCUCCAAGAAGAGCAAGGGCCCUGUCAAGGAGGAAGGAAUCAACAAAUCUGAAAAAAGAAUGAAAUUAACUCUUAAAGGAGGAGCAGCUGUUGAUCCAGAUUCUGGUCUGGAAACCUCUGCACACGUCCUGGAGAAAGGUGGGAAGGUGUUCAGCGCCACCCUCGGCCUGGUGGACAUUGUUAAAGGAACCAAUUCCUACUACAAGCUGCAGCUCCUGGAGGAUGACAAGGAGAGCAGGUAUUGGAUAUUCAGGUCCUGGGGCCGCGUGGGCACUGUGAUUGGCAGUAACAAACUGGAGCAGAUGCCAUCCAAGGAGGAUGCCAUUGAGCACUUUAUGAAAUUAUAUGAAGAGAAAACCGGGAAUGCCUGGCACUCCAAAAACUUCACAAAGUAUCCCAAAAAGUUCUACCCUCUGGAAAUUGACUAUGGCCAGGAUGAAGAAGCUGUGAAGAAACUGACGGUAAACCCCGGCACCAAGUCCAAGCUCCCUAAGCCAGUGCAGGAACUCAUUAAGAUGAUCUUUGAUGUGGAAAGUAUGAAGAAAGCCAUGGUGGAGUAUGAGAUUGACCUUCAGAAAAUGCCCUUGGGGAAACUGAGCAAACGGCAGAUCCAGGCUGCGUACUCCAUCCUUAGUGAGGUUCAGCAGGCAGUGUCCCAGGGCAGCAGCGACUCCCAGAUCCUGGAUCUCUCCAAUCGCUUCUACACCCUGAUCCCCCACGACUUUGGGAUGAAGAAGCCUCCACUCCUGAACAACACAGACAGUGUGCAGGCCAAGGUGGAAAUGCUGGACAACUUGCUGGACAUCGAGGUGGCCUACAGCCUGCUCAGGGGUGGGUCUGAUGACAGCAGCAAGGACCCCAUCGAUGUCAACUAUGAGAAGCUCAAAACUGACAUUAAGGUGGUAGACAGAGAUUCUGAAGAAGCGGAGACCAUCAGGAAGUAUGUGAAGAACACUCAUGCGACCACGCACAACGCAUACGACCUAGAAGUCGUUGAUAUCUUUAAGAUAGAGCGUGAAGGGGAGAGCCAACGCUACAAGCCCUUCAAGCAGCUGCAUAACCGAAGACUGCUAUGGCAUGGGUCCAGGACCACCAACUUUGCUGGGAUCCUGUCCCAGGGGCUCCGGAUAGCGCCACCUGAAGCGCCUGUGACGGGCUACAUGUUUGGUAAAGGAAUCUAUUUCGCCGAUAUGGUCUCCAAGAGUGCCAACUACUGCCACACGUCUCAGGGAGACCCAAUAGGCUUAAUCCUGUUGGGAGAAGUUGCCCUUGGAAACAUGUAUGAACUGAAGCAUGCUUCGCACAUCAGCAAGUUACCCAAGGGCAAGCACAGUGUCAAAGGUUUGGGCAAGACUACCCCUGACCCUUCAGCUAGUAUUACUAUGGACGGUGUAGAGGUUCCUCUGGGAACCGGGAUUUCGUCUGGGGUUAAUGACACCUGCCUACUGUAUAAUGAAUACAUUGUCUACGAUAUUGCUCAGGUAAAUUUGAAGUAUCUGCUGAAGCUGAAAUUCAAUUUUAAGACAUCUCUGUGGUGAACUGAGCCAUGGCCAAGUCACAGCUAGUGACUGGUAUGAAUUCACCUGACACGCAGUGCACCGCUCCCAGGCAGAAACCCGGCUCAGUUGCUGGGGCCAGUAUGUUUCCUCAAAUCUCCUAGAAAGGAUUUUAUAUGAACACGUGGUCACAUGUUAAACAAUUUUUCCCAACUUUUCAAAUCCCUUGUUUGCAUUGGUUUUGAGGGGGGGGUGGGGGUUGUUUGUUUUUCCCUGGCAGUUACAACCCAUGAUAGAUGAAAAGUUGGGGAGAGGUGUUUGUUUUGCCUAGACUAGUCCUGUGGAAAGAACCGAGCCACAUUAGAAGGUCUGCCUUACUGGUUUCCCCGGACAGGGAAAGGAUACUUCACCCUACUUUCAUCUUUAGUUUUGAUUUUGGAAAAAUGUUAAGCCUUUAUAUUGAGGUUAAAAAUAAAAACUAAUUUCAUACUAUUUAGAUUUUUUAUUUUGCAUUUCUUGUUACCCUUUUAGUAGUUUUGUUUUUGUUUUGUUUUUUUUGUGAGGGGUCUGAGGAGACCAAAAGGAGGAAUAGCAACAAUUUCUCAUACUCAGAAACAAAGUGCUUUCCUUUUCUAGAGACACAUGAAUGUGGAAACUCUCAGAAUAUGCAGUAUACAGUAAAUUUAGAUGCGUUUGAAUUUCUUGACUUUCCUAUGAGCAGUUUUGUCUUCCAAUUAAAACUAUAUCACUGGUAUACCCAAGGGCUAGUACUAACUCUGAAUUAAAAUGGAAAUCGCUUCUGUUUCUGUUUUGUGUGCU